AUGAGUGGAUCAACGAGACCUUGCCCAUUUUGUGGCGCUGGAAUCCAGCUGGGACAAACUAGCCGUGGCAGUGGUACCAAGGCAUCCACCAUCUUGAAGGUAGUGGGAGUUGCCAUCGCUGUUCCAUGCGCUGCUGCCACUGUUGCUGGCUUUGGCGCGGGUGGCGUUGCGGCAGGUUCUGCGGCGACAAUGUGGCAGGCGUCAUUCGGUAAUGUUGCAGCUGGAAGUGCCUUUGCUGCAUUGCAGAGCGCUGGAGCUGCAGGUGGGUUUUAUUCGGGAAUGGCAGUUGGAGGUACAUCCUUUGGCGCUGGGAAGUGGUGGGAAUCAUCCAAGUACAACAUGUUCAACAAAGAAGGUAGAAACGGAAAGGACGGUGACAGCGGUGUCGAUGGUGUGAACAAGAAGAGUUCUGACAGGACGGAAAGCAAACCCGAUGAAGGGGACGCUGAGCAAAUUUCGGUGACAUGCCCUCACUGCAAAAAGUCAUUUGAAGCAUUGGUUUAA